CGUAGGAUUAGCCAGUAUCGGCAAGAUGUCACUGGCACGUUGCGCGGUGGGUCACGGGCCGCGGCUCCUGUCACUCGUAGCCCAGCUGCUCGCGCCGGGGGUCGGCAUUGCGUCUCUGCGCCGCGUCAGUGCGUCCGUUCCCGCUCAGUUCUGCAGCGCCGCGGCCCCGUGCGCGCUCCCCAACAUGUACACCGCCGAGGAGCGCGGCUCCGCGUACGCGCCCGACUACCGGGUCUUCUUCCGUGACGAAAGCGGCCCCAUCUCCCCACUGCAUGACAUCUCGCUGUGGGCCAACAAGGCCGAGCGUCUUGUAAACAUGGUUGUGGAGGUCCCCCGCUGGAGCAACGCCAAGAUGGAGCUGUCGCUGGGCGAGGCGCUCAACCCCAUCAAGCAGGACGUGAAGAAGGGCGCGCUGCGCUUCGUGGCCAACGUGUUCCCGCACCACGGCUACAUCUGGAACUACGGAGCCCUACCGCAGACAUGGGAGAACCCGUCGCACGUGGACCCCGCGACGCAGGCGCGCGGGGACAAUGACCCGAUCGACGUGAUCGAGAUCGGCACCCGCGUGGCGGGUCGCGGCGACGUGGUCCCGGUCAAGAUCCUCGGCACGCUGGCGCUCAUCGACGAGGGCGAGACCGACUGGAAGCUGAUCGCUAUUGACUCUCGCGACCCGCUGGCCGCAUCCUUGAGCGACGUGGGCGACGUGGAGAAGGUGUUCCCCGGGCUGCUGAAGGCCACGGUGGAGUGGUUCCGGCUGUACAAGGUGCCCGACGGCAAGCCGCAGAACCAGUUCGCCUUCGACGCCGAGCCCAAGGACAGGGAGUUCGCUUACAAGGUCAUCGACGAGGUGCACGAGUUCUGGCGCGAGCUGGUGGCCGGCAACGUGACCGAUGCCACCGACAUCAACAAGAUGAACGUGUCAGUCGCGGGAAGCCCGGGGCAGGUGGAGCGGUCGGAGGCGGCCGCCGUGCUGGCCAAGGCGCCGCCACGGUCCCUGCCACAGUCCGUGCCGCCCAGCGUGGACAAGUGGCACUUCCUCGCCAACCUGUAGCAGGCUGUGGGGUCUGUGGGAGCCUGUAGAAUCCCGUAGGAGCCUGUGGGAGCCGCGAGAGUCCGGUGACGGGACCGUCAAGUUGUGAUUAUCUUAUUGUUUAAGUGCAAAUGGUAGGGUGUUGUUAAUGCAUAUUUAUUAUAAUUAAACACAAUAUUUUGUA